AUGUCCACCGACCCUUUCCUCUGGUAUCGGGAGAGAGACUCAUUAAGUAUAGGAGAUGUCAAUAGGUAUACCAUCAAAUAUACCCGAUUGGAUCCGAAUAAGCGAGAAAUCUUCUUGCGCUUGAAAAACAAAGAGAAGGCGCCUAUUCGAGCCAUUCAUUUGUUGAACGGACCAUUUUCCUUAUACUGCCAUGUUGUACCGUUCAACUACGAUCCUGAUAACAUAUUUAUUCCCGAGGAUAUCGAUAGUAAUAAGGAAGUUGUAUUUAAGAAUGAAGUAAAACCAUCGCAAGCAUUCAAUGUCAAGCUAAAUCUUAAUUCAAAUUCGCUAGUACGAAGCGGAGAGGAAGGUGACUUAUUUCAGUGGGAAGUUGAUAUAGUGUCACAGAUUAUCACCACUAGAAAGACCAACAUUCUCUUUGAAUUGAUGAUUGGAGACGAUCUUUCCAGAAUGAAAAAGUUGAACUCAGGAACAUUCCACACUAUUACUUCUAUGGGAAGUAAGUCGUUUAUCACGUUUAACCCUCGUGAAAACGUCGUUGUAGAUAACGAACAAAUUGGACAGUCUUCAAACCCACAGCUUUCUGUAGUCAAGAAGAGUACAUGUGAUCUCUGGUCCAAUGAGCCAAAAUAUCCUGAACAGCCUGUUCAUUUGAUCUGGUUGACUCAUGGAGUUUUGUCUAACUUGACAGCAGACAUGUUGUACAUGAAGGAUACCUUAGAAAGAAAAUGUGGUUCAGAGAAUUUGUUAGUUAGGGGCUAUUCCGGAAAUGCUGGAAGGACAGAAAAAGGUGUGAAGAAGUUGGGAAUUUCUUCAGCAGAAAGUCUUGUUGAAUUGAUACAGAGAAAGAAGCACAAGAUAAAAAAAAUAUCAUUUAUAGCGCAUUCGCUAGGAGGAUUGGUUCAAUUGUAUGCCAUAAAGCAUAUCUUGACAACAAGAGGAACCACUUUUUUCGAAGACCAUGAUAUCGAGCCAGAUAACUUGUUUUGUGUUGCUAGUCCUCUUCUUGGUAUCCUUAGUGAGAUGAGUUUCUUGAUUUCAUGGUUUCUAGAUUUAGGAACCCUAGGCAAAACUGGUAGAGAUUUGACCUUGCUGAAAACCAUUCCUUCACUUCUGAAUUUGAACGUAGAAGAGGAUAAACGUUCAGCAUUUAAACCACUUCUUGAAACUCUUCCUGAUGAUCCUUUGCAAACUUUUUUGGGCAGGUUUAAUCAUCUUACUUUAUAUGCCAAUGCAGUGAACGAUGGUAUUGUUCCAUUGAGAACAGGAGCAUUACUAUAUUUGGACUAUGAGGCAUUGGGAGAUGUCACACAGUUGCAGAAAAACAAAACGGCAAAGCUUGAACAUCAGCAUGACUACGAUCACCAUCUGCUUGCUACAAACACUACUGGUGAUACAGUUGCUGAAAUUCCAGAAGAGAAAGAGUUGGGUGCGGAAAGAACAACGCUACUCGAGAGAUACAAGCAACUAUUUUCACUCAAUCUAAAUAACGAAGAGAAAAAGCUGUCUCUAACAAGAAGAGAAAAAAAAUUCAUGAGAAUCUCUGCAAAAGGCACAGAUUAUUACAAUUUAUUUGACGACGAUGCAGAAGAAGCAGACGAAGUUCUUAGUGCAGAGAACGAAGUGGAAGCAUCUUUUGUUUCUAGUAGUUCGCCGUUAUCAAAGAGAAGUGGAGAAAGACCAACAUUUUACAUUCCACCGAAGGCAUCUGCUGUAGAAUCGGCCAUCAAUGCCAUUUUGUGUCCAAUUCCAUCCAGAGAAUAUAUCAUGAAUCCGGAGUCUAGAGAUUUUGUAAUUUUCCAUGACAAGUAUUACCAGUUCAAGAACUUGCCCAAGGACGACCAUUCCAAGAGGUCCAAGUUGAAAUUGCUUAUAUUUAACUACAACAACGAUUGGAAGUUGAACAAACAGGUGAAGAUUGCGAAAAAGUAUCACACCAGUGAUUUGAACUGGCGAAAAAUUCUAGUCAACUUACCACCAGAUGCACACAACAACAUUAUAGUAAGAAGAAGAUUUCCAAACGGGUAUGGCUGGGGUGUGGUUGAUCAUCUAUGUGAGGUUUUCAUGGAGGGAGGGAACCCAUCAGAAGAAACCAAACAGGAAAAAGACCAACACAGGAUAGGAGAGGGACAAAAGAUAGGAGAAGGACACAGGAUAGCAGAUGAUAGCAAAGGGAACGAAGGGGAAUUAGGCACUAACAAGAUGAAAGCGAAAAUCUGA